CUCGGUCUCGGACUACGGUUGAGCGAAGUCGUCACUGUAAUCUACUGAUCUGCAAAUGGCGGAGGCGGAGGCGACGGUGGGGCGACUGAUGCUGUACUCGUACUGGCGCAGCUCGUGCUCCCACCGUGCCCGCAUCGCUCUCAAUCUCAAAGGUGUGGAUUACGAGUACAAGGCGGUGAACCUUCUCAAGGGCGAGCAGUCUGAUCCAGAAUUCGUCAAGCUUAAUCCUAUGAAGUUCGUCCCUGCGUUGGUUGAUGGCAGUUCUGUAAUAGGUGACUCUUACGCGAUAACACUGUAUUUGGAGGACAAGUACCCAGAGCCUCCUCUUCUACCUCAAGACCUUCAAAAGAAAGCUUUGAAUCACCAGAUUGCAAGCAUUGUAGCUUCUGGUAUUCAACCUCUCCAUAACCUCACAGUGUUGAGGUUCAUUGACCAGAAGGUUGGUGCAGGGGAGAGUGUGUUGUGGACUCAACAACAAAUCGAGAGAGGUUUCACAGCUAUUGAGAACCUGAUACAACUAAAAGGAUGCGCCGGGAAGUAUGCAACAGGAGAUGAAGUCCAACUGGCAGAUGUAUUCCUUGCACCCCAGAUCUAUGCAGCCAUUGAACGCACUAAAAUUGACAUGUCAAACUACCCCACUCUUGCUAGGCUCCACUCGGAGUACAUGUCACACCCUGCGUUUGAAGCAGCGCUCCCUGGCAAGCAACCGGACGCCCCUUCAUCCUCCUAGGAACUGCACCCUAGUGUGUUGUUCCUCUGAAUAUAUAUAUAUAUAUAUGUAUACUUCUGUAAGAAUUAAUAAUUACAGAGUUUCGUCUGCUAUGUCGAAAAAUGUCAAAAGUUUUUGUGAUUUCAGAGACUAGCGGCAUGAAGCGUCGUUGUGGAUCUGGCCGUCGUCCUCAUGUGGCAUCUGUGAUUUCAGGGCAUGCACUUCGUCUUAGAAGG